AUGGCGAAUCGAUCUCCGCAGCCAGGGCCUAAAGGCGAGACCUCGAAACCGGAUCCUGCGAAAGCACUAGUCAAUGAGGCAUCGCUACCCAUCACGUCUUCAAGCCUGAGUGUACAGCCAGAGCAUGAGGGCCACGCGGCUGCCAAACCCGAAACAAGCAUGGACCAGAAGAUUUCGGAUACGGAGCUGCGUUCUCAGGAAGCGCAACCGCGCACGACGGACCCGACAGAUCCAGUCAGAGAUCUAGCUCGCGUUGCGAAUUCCAACUCAGACAAACGCGACGGGGAGGAGGCUCUGGGAGCAGGUGGGAUAUUCGACACCAUUCAGAAAGGUACACAAAGUCGCCCUACCUGGAAGUACGAGUUCGACGCACGAGUACACAGUCCUAUGAUGGUCGACCGCCUCCUGGAGUUUAUGUAUACCGGGACCUAUCAACUCGACAAGGGCGGACGAGCGACGCUUUUACAUCAUCCGACUAGCCUACCCAUCGGUAAGACUAAGGCCAGCUAUCCCAUGGAAUUGGAGGGACCGGUAGCCUUCCAUAUGAAGAUGUACAAAAUGGGCAAGUCCUUACGGUAUCAAUCCUUGGUAGCAGUCGCGCAUACAAAGAUGGCAGAGCAUAUGCUCUUGAAGAUGCAGAUCGACGUGGGAAUGGCUAAGAUCCUCGUUAACUGGAUAUAUGGCUCAACUGAGAUGGCACAAGAUAUAGCUGAGCAGCCAAAUGAUACUUUCGGGGAUGACAACCUGAAAGAACUGGUCGUAGCGUGUAUCCUGCGACACGUCCAUCAGAAGAUCUGGGAAGAGGAGGAAGUGGAAGGGCUCAAACACCAUGCUCGAGCAUAUCCUGCUUUGGAAGUGGAUUGGGAGCUUGCCGAAGAUGAGUACAAAGACGUGCUGAAGACGCGACCCGAAACUAAGAGGGCGGCGAAGAGGACGAGACGAGGACAGCAACAUCAGCAGGAGGUUGCGAAGUUGCUCCAGCUCUCAGAAGGGCCUCACCAUGUGUAG